CAAUGUUUUGAAGACAAUAUUGCCAGCCUGCUUCAGAGCUAAACACCAGACCAUCAGCGCUCUCUCAAAUGGCUUGUUAAAAUGUGCCUUGUCUCCUAGGACUUCUACCUAACAUGGUUUAUUCUGUGAUUUUAUACACAACUCAAGACAGGAAGGAAGUUUCCAAGAAGGAAACCGAGUAGAAACCUACCUGGAGAAGUUCAGUGAGCAGGUCAUUGCUGGGUUGAGGACACCCAGAGCCAGAGGCCUAGAUCUCACAGAGAACCAUUAGCGCAGCUCUUACAGCACAGGAACAAAUGAGGGUGCUGUUUCAUGUUGUGGAAGAGGAGACAUCACAAACCGAAGUUAGCUUCUACCACAGGAGGAUCUGAGCCAAGAGCUGAUUUAGAGCAGAGACAACAGAACUGAACUGAACAGAACAAUGGAAAAUAUGAAGCAAUUAGAAGACGAAGAAACAAAAAACAUGACAACCAUAAAGGAGACAAUUAAAAGACAAAGACAACUAACAUGUCAAGUAAUGGAGGAGAUUGAACAACUUUUGGAAGAGACACAAAGACAGAGAGAUGAAAAUUACCACUUGAAGACAAAGACAGAGCAGCAACAAGAGGACAUUGACACGCAGGGAUCUCAAAAACAUGAGCAGCACUUAUUGACAGAAGGACUGAGCCUGCAGAUAGAAAAUAUUGUUGAGAAGCUCAAGGAGAAUAAAAAUGCUGCCACUCAAGAAAAAAUACAACUUCAGAAGAUGUGGGCUGAGAUAUACCAAGAGAGAGAAACUCUGGAAAGAAGACGAAAAGAGAUCAUCAGUGAGCGGCACAAGUUGGAAAUGAUUAAGUAUGAUAAGACAACAUCACAAGAAAGUAAGGAACCUGAAGAGGCCAUGGAGCGGGAGAUAAUAGAGAGGCUGGUGGCUGACAUGAACAAAAAUAAGAAAAUACUCCUAGAAGCAAAGCAGGAAAAAGAACAUGUGGAGAAAAACAUGGCGGACAUAAAGCAAGAGUUGAAGAGAAAUAGAAAGGAUAUUUCACACUAUAGAGAUCAAAUUGAGCACAUCAAACAAAAUGUGACUGUUAAUAUUAACAAGAUGAAGCAAAGGUGGACCAAAAUUCAAAUGGAUGUUCAAAUGCAGAAAGCCACAGUCCUAGAGAUGGAAAGCAAAGAAAGAGAGAAAGAAGGAAGAGACACAUUUGACACUGUGAGGAUGAAAUUCAGCAGAAUCCGAGAAGAGAUACAGAAACUUUGGGAUGUGCUGGAAGACAGUGAACCACAACUGGAACAGCUAAAGACAGAAAAAUCUGACUCUGAAAAGCAAAGACCAGACACAGAUGUAAGCAUGAAGCUAACAAAGUGGGAAACAGAGAUGCAGUGGCAAAAACAAGACAUAGAGAACAAGUUGGCACAGGUUCAGUCUGAAAGAGAUGACAUAGAAAGAACCAAAACUAAAAUGCAGAUGGAGAGAGAGAACAUUGAGAGGGACAGGCAGUCAGCUAAAGCAGAAAUGGAUGCAAUGAAGUGUAUGAGGGAGAGCAUUGAAAGGCAAAAGCAGGAGCUGGAUGACAGGUUACAGAGGACAAAGAGAGAGAUGAGAGAGCUGAAAGUCAUGAACACUGAGAUUGAAAUAAAGAAAAAUGACCUGGUGAAAAUGAUAGGAAUGAGCAGGAGAAAAAAGGAAGAGAUCAGUAAGAUGAAGGGUGAGACUGCUGAAGAAGACACAGAGGAAAGACAAGAUAUGACUAAGGGGCAGAGGUCAAAGCAGAAGCAGGAGGCGGAGGACAGAUCUAAUGAGCAGAAACGCUGCGACAGCACCAAAGAAAUAACACAACCUGAAGAACAUCAGUUUGAGGAGGGACAACAUGGAGACUAGCAACGAGAACGAAGUGAAAACAAACUUGCAGAGUGUGAUUUUCGAAGUAGAAGAAAUCAGAAAGAAGCUGCGUAAGGUGAGAGAGGAUGCAGAUCAAAGAGGGAGAGAAGUUCCUGAAGAAAAGAGUCAAAUCAAAUGGAUGAAUUUUCGAGCAAAAAAAAAGCAAUGGGAGCUCGACCAACGACUGGAGAAGACCAUGA